AUGGCAACCGAAAAGGUGGUAGUGAAAGAGCUUCUUCCACUUAUAAGAGUCUACAGCGAUGGUUCCGUGGACCGUCUCUUAAGUUCUCCAAACGUGCCACCCUCCCUUGAAGACCCCGAAACAGGAGUCUCAUCCAAAGACAUCGUCAUCGCAGACAACCCUUUUCUCUCUGCUCGCAUAUUCCUUCCAAAGUCCCACAAAAACUCCACCCACAAACUUCCCAUCUUCGUUUACUUCCACGGUGGCGCUUUCUGCGUUGAAUCUGCUUUUUCCUUUUACGUCCAUCGUUAUCUCAACAUCUUAGCCUCCGAAGCAAACAUAAUAGCCAUCUCCAUUGACUUCAGACUCCUCCCACACCACCCUCUUCCCGCGGCCUACCAAGAUGGCUGGACCGCGCUACAGUGGAUUGCUUCCCAUGCCGCCAACAGUGCCAGUGCCACCAACCCCGAGCCAUGGUUGGUCAACCACGCUGACUUCACCAAACUCUACGUAGGAGGUGACACCAACGGCGCUAACAUUGCACACAACUUGCUGAUACGUGCAGGCACAGAGACUCUGCAUGGAGAUCUCCAAAUAUUAGGUGGAUUACUCUGCUGUCCCUUCUUCUGGGGCUCCAAGCCCAUUGGGUCAGAGCCCGUUGAAGAGCACCACCAGAGUUUGGCCAUUAAGGUGUGGAGCUUCGUGUAUCCCGAUGCAGCUGGUGGAAUCGAUAACCCGAGUAUUAACCCUUGUGUUCCCGGGGCACCCUCUUUGGCCACACUUGGGUGCUCUAAGUUGCUUGUUACUAUUACUGGGAAGGACGAGUUUAGAGACAGGGAUAUUCUGUAUUACGAGAGCGUUAAGAAAAGUGGGUGGAAAGGUGAAGUUGAACUGUUCGAUGCUGGCGAUGAGGCGCAUGCUUUCCAGAUGUUCAAGCCUGAAACUGAUCUUGCUAAGGCAAUGAUCAAACGCUUGGCUUCUUUUCUUGUAUGACUGUUCU